AUGUCUUCUGCGUUAGCUAGGUCACAGUUUUUCUUCAUGCGAAACUCUGCUGUUUUGAAAACAGCUAGAGCUUCAUGCAUCUCCAAUUUUAUUAUACCUUCAUGCUCAAACAUAUCGACACAUUCUACUAAAAAAAUUAUUGGUUCUUCAUUAACUAAAAGAUCAUCAUUACAAUCACAAUCCAAUAAAUUCUCAAAAUUUACUCGUUCAAUCACUACAUCUGCAUCCAAAAAACAUACCAUUUCUGCUGCUUCAAAUGCUACUAUAAAUCUUGCAAAUCCUGAUCAAAUUUCUUCAAAUCAAACUAAAACAGAAUCAACUUUCAAACCAAAAAGAAAUUUAAUAAAUACUAGUAAAUAUGUUGGAUAUUGGUUAAUUGGUACUUCAGGCUUAGUUUUCGGUAUUGUUGUUCUUGGUGGUUUAACUCGUUUAACUGAAUCUGGCUUAUCUAUUACAGAAUGGAAACCAGUUACAGGUUCUAUACCACCAUUAACUCAAAAAGAUUGGGAGGAAGAAUUUAAUAAAUAUAAAGAUUCACCAGAAUUUAAACAAUUAAAUUCUCAUAUUACAUUAGAAGAAUUUAAAUUUAUUUUCUUUAUGGAAUGGGCUCAUAGAUUAUGGGGUAGAGCUAUUGGUGUUGUUAUGUUAUUACCAGCUGCAUAUUUCGCAUACUCGAGAAAAACUUCACCAAGAGUUAAUAGAAGAAUGAUUGGUCUUGUUGCAUUAUUAGGUUUACAAGGGUUUAUUGGUUGGUGGAUGGUUAAAUCUGGUUUAGAUGAAGAAGGAUUAAAAGAAAGAAGAUCUAAACCAACUGUUUCACAAUAUAGAUUAACUACACAUCUUGGUGCUGCUUUUUUACUUUAUAUGGGUAUGAUUUGGACCGGUUUAGAAAUUUUAAGAGAAUCUAAAUGGACAUCAAAUCCUAAAAAUGCAUUUGAAAUUUUCCAAAAAUUAGAUAAUCCAGCUUUAAAACCAUUAAGAAAUAUUUCAUUAGCAUUAAUUGGUUUAACAUUUUUAACUGCAAUGUCUGGUGGUCUUGUUGCUGGGUUAGAUGCAGGUUUAAUUUAUAAUACAUUCCCACAUAUGGGUGAUGAUAUAAUACCAAGUAGAAGAGAAUUAUUUGAUGAUUUAUUUGCAGGAAAAGAAGAUAAAUCUGAUAAAUUUUGGAGAAAUAUGUUGGAAAAUCCUGCAACUGUUCAAUUAAAUCAUAGAAUUUUAGCAAUGACUACAUUUUUUUCAAUUUUAGCUACACAUCUUUAUGCUAAUAGAAUUAAGUAUGUUAUACCAAAAUCUGCAAAUAGAUCAUUACAUGCAGUUAUGGGAGUUGUUACAUUACAAGCUGCAUUAGGUAUUUCAACUUUAAUUUAUUUAGUUCCAAUUCCAUUAGCCUCGGCUCAUCAAGCUGGUGCUUUAGCUUUAUUAACUUCAGCUUUAAUUUUUGCAGCUAAUUUAAGAAAACCAAGAACUCCAAUUAGAGUUUUAACUUCAGGUAUUCAUGUUCAAAAUAUUAAGAAGGCUAAACAAGGUUCAAAAAUUUUAAGUGAAGCUUCCAAAUUGGCAAAAUAA